GAAACCGGAACAAUAUGCUUUUGACAGCGAUAUCAAUCCUUUCUUAAGGUCUAAUUCGUCUUCGCCGAGUGUUCCUACUCUUUUCCAGGAUUCUCGCUUAGGGAAUAGUCAGAAUGGUCUCUCAGAAACGGGCGAUCGACCUUUAAAAAGAUCUCGCUUGGACCUUGAAUUUUCAUCAAAAAGUGGGAUAAGCCCACUAACUUCUUCAAGAAGUUCUUUCAAUUUCACGCCAACUGUCAAAGGUCUACAAGAUUCGAUAUUUGGUGCGGCGUCCGCUAGAUUUCCAAGCCUCAUCCCAUUAAAUUUCGAUAAAGAAUUAUCGGAUGCUCGAGGGAAGAUUGUCGAUCUCGAAAAUUUAAAAGAUGAGCUGGAACGAAAAGUUGCUAGAUUGGAGACAGAAAAACAAAGUUCAGAGCUUCAAAUUAAAGAACUGAAUUUAAAAAAUGAGAAACUAAAAAGUGAUAUAAAGUUCUAUCAGGAUCGGGAGCAGGAGGCUUCCACAAAAGCUGAACGCAUUGAAGCUGAAUCUAGACAAUACAUUCAAACUUCUGUUCGUGAAACUACUAGGCUCCAAAACGAAGUCAACAAAUUAACUCAGAGCUUGCAAGAUAUCAGAAACAUUAGUCAAUCAAAAGAAAACGAAUCAAAUCGAACGAUUAAUGCAUUACAAUCAGAAUUGGCUAGGUUAAAUCAUCAUGUCAAAAGUCUUAACGAAGAGAUUCAGCAGCAAAAUGAAAUCUCUACGUCAAGACAAACUAUUUUGUCACAAGUUCAAGAGCAAUUAAAUAACGCUGAACAGAAGUUACAAGAGUUCAACCAACUUUCUUCCCAACUGGAUGACCUUAAGCACCUCAAAAACAAAGCCAAGCAAUCAACAUAUAUCCAGGAUUUAGAAAAAGAUAACCAUUACUUGAAAGACGAACUGAAGCGUUUGAAAGAGUUGACACCAAGCAUUCGGAUUCUUCAACAGAAAGUUGAAUCGUCAGAAUAUCAACUUUCUCUUGUAGGUUCGCUGCGUCAUCAAGCUGCCGAGACAAGUUACUUAGAUCAACAGAAGGAUCAAAUCAAUAUUAAUACACCUUAUAAGCUCUGUAAAGAACUUGCAUCGAGACGAAUUGAAAUUGAUAUGCUCGAAGAAAAGGGGCGUCACUUAGAAGAACAAAUAAAAAAUAGGGAUAUGAUAAUUUCUCAAAAUGAAAACGAAUUAAAUAGCAAGUAUAAAUCUCUGGAGAAUCAAUUUAAAAGUGAACUCGAAGCAUUUAAAAGAACAAAAAAUUUGCUGCAGAAAGAAGUAGAGCUUCUGACUCAAUGUUUGAAUUCAUAUGAUGAAGAAGAAAAACAUCUACAAACUAGUUAUGAUGAGCAAAAAAUUGGACGUAUUCAAGCAUUGGAAAAUUUACUUGAAAAGUAUAAGGAAGAACUUGAACAAGCGCAUAGUGACCAACAGCUAGAUCAAUCGAGUUCUUCUGAGACAAACCUUCAUACAGUAGAAGUGUUACAUCGUAAUGAAGAAUUGCAAGCAAGUGAGGCUUUAUAG